AUGCCAACGCCGAACUCUAAUAUACCUAUCUUUGAACCAGAGUUCAAAAGGGAUUUGAAGGAUGAUCUUAAGGUGAAUGUCUCUGAGGAGAAAAUGCGCCGCUCUCUCCCGUACACUUCCAAUGCGAGAGAUUCCAGCGACAUAGAAAUGGGUGAUGGCAAUGAUGCUAUACAUUUUAGGCCCAUCGCCUCUAAUAUUCAAGAACAAACAAAUGGAACUCAAAAGGGAUCUCGAAGUCGUAGUGGACUCAAGGGCAAUAGAUCUAAAAUAAGAUUAGUGUCGUCGCCUCCGUUAGAGAUCACUGACCCAUUUGCUAAUAACCAUAUAUCAACAUCAUCAUCAUUUCUCAAGCCGAACUCGAGCUUUAUAGGGUCACAACAAUCAGGAAGAUCUAUCUACGACGUUCGGGUGGACUUGAAAGAGGUGGAUUUAAAGAGAUCUUACUUGGCUGGAUUUCUAACUAUACAUGGAUUGACUGAAAGCCAUCCAGAAAUUACAACUUUUUUUAGGGCCGAAAUCGUUGGACCUCAAUAUUCUUUCUACACAAACCAUUCUGUUUGGGGAUCAAACAGUAGAAACGAUCUACAGCACUGGGGAAGGUUUCCCAGUUGGCGAAAGUUAAACUUCAAUGCAGAGAACGAUAUUGCCAACUCUGAUCUUUACGAGAAGGCCGCUGACAACGAAUUUUUGUAUAUGAGAUGGAAGGAAAGAUUUUUGAUUCCAGAUGCCAAAGUCACUGACAUUAGAGGCGCUUCUUUUGCUGGCUUUUAUUACAUAUGUUUCAAUCAGUUGACCGGAUCUAUAAGUGGCCUUUACUUCCACAAAUGCUCUGAUAAAUUCCAGCAGCUCGAGUUAUCUCAUAUUCCCGAUGGGGGGAACAUCUCCGUCAUAUGA